AUGCCACCCCGCCUCUCCAAGCGCCAGCAACGCGAGCAAGCCGAGUUGGACGAUCUCGCCGCCUCGGCUGCCGCCAAUACCGAUCUCGGCGACGAUGGUGAGCGUGCCUCAUCGGGCGAGGAGGACGAGGUCAGGCAGGGGAAGCACGAUGACGACACUGGCACAGCUGCGAUCGCGAACAGCGGAGCAUUGCGUCGGACGACGGCUGGUUUUGCGGCGGUGAGUAGGUCUAGGAGCUAUGCAGCUUUUCGACAAUGUAGCACGUGUGUUUUAAUCUUCGUUGCGGGCUUUACAGCUCGACCUGGGGGACGGCGAUGAUGAUCCGGACGACGACGACGCCAACGACGAGCCUUCCACCGCGAUCGCAGCUGGUACAACAGUAGGUCCACGUUCAGCAGUGCAUCAUAGAUCACUUUAGCCGACCAUACAUCAUAUAGGCGCAGAAGAAGGGCAAGAACAAGAAGAAGAAGAAAAAGAGCAAGCCGUCAGCCGCAGCGACAUCAAGUACAACAGGAAUGAACGAUACCGACGAUAGCACAGGACCAGCCACACCCACAGCUAAGGCAUCGACACCCAACAAGGCAUCCACCAAGAAAAAGAAUGGCGCCAAGUCCGCCACAGGGACACCGAAGGGCAAGCAGGAUGACCUCGACGAGAUCGACCGAGCACUGGCCGAACUCGCGUCCAAGGGCGGGCCAUCACUCGCCGCCAUACAGGCCCAACAACAGAGCUCGCAGCUCGACAAGCAGUUCGAAACCAUCAAGGGCGUUUUCUCGUUCGACACCAAGCUACUUGAUGGUGAUGCCGAGCUGAGGAAGUUUUUCGGGUCCAAAAUUGCGAGUUCUCGAUGCGACUGCAAGUGGAGGGUGUACGCUGGAAUCACGCUUACGAUUCAUUUUAUCGAGAUCAGAUCCAACAUACUGCAGCGGCGCCUCGGUCACAGCAUCAUGCCCGCUUCGCGAACAACCCGCAUCACUCGACCUCGAUCAAGCGCACCGCAUCGUACCUCGCCAAUCCUGAAGCCGGCUGGCUACCCGCUGCGGGUGUGCUCAAGUUGGAGACCUACGUCGGAUCCGAAGCAGAAAAUGACCGAUCUGGAGAUUGGUGGACGUAUGUCCAUACGCCCGAGUACAAAAUUGCGCAGAUGGGCUUUUUGGAAGGUGGGGCCCCUCAUCCGGCUCGCUAGCACCAACCUCGCACUCGCUGACGAUGCAUGCCCAUUGCCUGCAGUGCUCCAACAAGCCGAUGGAAACCGACUUUACUCGAUUCUCCAAUCCCAGCCCUAUCACAUCGACACCCAUCUCCAACUUGCCGAGAUGCUGAACCAGCAGGGCGAUCUCACGGGUUCCUCGCAGCACCUCGCGCGCGCUUUGUACGCCAUGUCGGCCCCACUCCCACCGUCUUUCACUUCCGGCUCCUUCCGACUGUCGUACAGCCGCAUCGAGAACCGCGCUUUCUUCAUCGCACUAGCGCGCAACGUUGCGAUCCAGACGAAACGGGGAACAUGGAGGACUGCGACAGAAUGGGCCAAGAUCGCGCUCGGGUGCAGUGGUGGAAUGGACCCGAUGGGCAUGCUGUGCUUCCUCGACUUUCUCGCGCCCAAGUCGGGGCAAAAUGAAUGGCUCCUCAGUCUGCUCGAGGAACUGCCGAAAGUGUACCCGAACCAACCCGAGUGCCAGGUCGACCUCUACCCCGGUCUGGCGUACGCCAAGGCGCUCUGCUUGCGCCAACUGCAUCCCAAGGAGACCUCUUCCGAUUCCGUUGCGACGAAAGCUCUCGCUUCAGCGAUCCUCCGCUUCCCCGCCGUUGUGCCCCUGCUCCUCUCGACGCUCGGCGGCAACGUCCCCCCUGCGCUCAUCUCGCAUCCACGAGCGCAAAUCUCGGGAUCGUACACGACCGACCCUUCCUACCUCACGUCCUUGCUCGCCUCACUCUACGCGCACCGAUCCUCACCCCUAUGGAAAGAUCCCUCUCUCCUCUCCUGGCUCACCUCGACAGCCUCCUCGAUCGUCUCCUCACUGAACGACCCGUCGAACCCCGAGGUCGUGUUUGGGGAGAAAGCCUGGUCAGCGCAACACGCAUGGAAGACGAAUCAAGCCCCCGAUGGCAUUAUCCGUGCCCUCUACCUCGCCGACGUCCCCUCAUUACGACCCUACCUCCCACCGAGCGUCACUUCGAACGGCGAAGCGAUGUAUUCGUACGAUCCUCUACCCCCCAAAGGCCCCAACGUAACUUACUAUUCCGACGAUUACUUCCAAGUCCUCCACUCCACCUCGGUAGGUAAACGUAUCCGACAACAAAACGCGACGCGAGCACAAGCGCAAAGAGGUGGUGCAGCGGCCCGUGGUUUCGCUGCUCAAUUGGCGGCGUUGUUGGGGAUCGGACAGGCGGGUGGGGCUAUUGAUAUGAACGACGAAUUGAGGAGGGAGUUGAUGGAUGAAUUGGCGAUGCUUCAGGGGGUUGGGGAAGGUGGUCAGGCGGCUUUGCCGGGUCGGUUUCCCGGUUUCGGGGAGGAUACAGAUGAUGACGACGAUUAG